AUGGCCACGGAAGCUUUCACGGUGUCGCGUGACAAAUUGACGGGACCAAAAGGUGUCACAGUGCUGAUAACUGGGGGCUCAUCGGGCAUUGGGCUGCAAACAGCGAUUAUCCUCCACGAACUCGGCAAUAAUAUCAUCGUCGUCGACAGAGCUCGACCUCAUCCAAGUGCUCCCCAGGACUUGAUUUCAUCGCCUCGCUUUCUGUAUCAACAAUGCGACAUUACAUCAUGGAAACAGCAGAGGGCUGCUUUCGAAGCUGGCUUCAAGAAGUUCGGAUCCAUUGACUGCGUGUUCGUCAACGCGGGGAUAGCAGAAUACAAGGAUCAAUUCUUCAAGGAUGAGCUGGAUUCAGACGGGCUACUCAAGGAGCCGGAUAGGAGAACCGUCGAUAUUUGCAUGCACGCGGCCAAUGACACGGCGAAACUGGCCAUCCACUACAUUAGGAAGAAGGGACCCAACCAGAAGAGAGGUGGGAGCAUUGUCAUGACGGCGAGUCUGGCGGGAUAUUUAGCCAGUGCUGGGGCACCGCUGUACAGUGCCGCGAAACAUGGCAUUGUGGGCUUGAUGAGGGCACUGAAGAAUGACACCGCGACACUGGACAUUGCAGUCUCUGUGGUCGCGCCAGGCAUCACUUUGACCGACAUCAUCUCGGGCCGCAGUCCUGGAGAAUCUCUGAGUGACUGGGCCAAAAGAAUGAGAGGGGUCGGCGUCCCAAUUAACGAUCCACAAGAGGUGGCAUGCUGUGUGGUGUACUUGAUGAGCUUGGGAAUGGAGGCCAACGGCAAAGGGAUGUUGGUUCAAGCCGGACGGGUUGCGGACCUGGAGAAGGGGAUCGCUUCAUCAAGGAAGAUCUGGAUGGGAGAAGAGAUGUUGAAUCUCUUCCGAGGGGGAAGGAAUGCGCCAUUGUUUCCCAAUAAGCUGCACCAAUAUACAAAGUGCGCAUGCGCUGAUGCCUCGAUCGCACACCGCCGUGUAAAAACCACCCACCGCGACCUGCUCCUCGAUCUCAUGUCGAUAACUGUGAAACACCUUAAUGCCGCAAAUGCAUUCAUCCUCGUCUUCUCUCCCAAGGCGCACCCUCUGCCUCUAGAUCUUACUUCCGCAGCCGGCGCGGUGUCGGUACUCAUCGACCCUGGGAACAAGAACCCCGCUGUCGAUCCCACGGCAUGUUUUCCAGAGACUGAGCACAAAAGCCGGGGCGCCGUUGAACACUGGUCAGAUCUUGAAGAGCCCGACGUGCUGAUCGUGUCGCACAAUAAGCUUGACCACCGUUACAAGGAGACUCUCGUCCGACUCCCUUCAGAAGGGAAGACUAUCAUUGCGGCAGAACCGGGCGCCGCAAAGGUCAUCAAGAGCUGGAACCACUUUGACUCCGCACGAGUUCAUGCCCUACUCAAAUAUGAAUCCAAGGUCAAAUUCGGGCGCUCCUUGCGAGUCCCCAUUGCUCCCCUAUCGCCUCAAGGCUUCCCGGGAGAGCUGAAUAUCGCAUUCAUUCCUGCGAAACGCUCCAGGACGGCUGUACACUACGCCAUUGGCGUCACAUACCAGCCACCCACGCACACGAGGAGUAUCGCACCAAUUGCAACAGUGGAUCUUCCGAAAACUACGAGAUACUUCCAUAUGCCCCUCAGUCCGUUGACUAUGCCUCCGUCGAGUCCCCCGGCACCUUUGACUCCUCUAGCCGAUCGACCUGUGUCUUUGGAUCUGCCGUCUCAUGCUCAGAGCUCUCCCCAAAGCCCGGAUGCGGCACCCUUCAAAGGACAUAGACCACGACUCUCUCGUUCAUCAAAUACUGCAUCGUCCGAAUUCCUCCCGGUGUCUGAACAGCCAGCUAUACAAACACGACCAGAUCCCGAAGCUGAAAAGGAGGAACUGGUACAAAAAAUCCUGACGAUCCCCCACCAGUCUGUGCUCUUGGAGAGUCCUUUCCAAUUCGAACUCGGCCCUGCACCCUUUACAUUUAUCAAUAAUCUCCCCACACCACCAGCUUCUCCUGUUCCAACCGCGGUGUCUUCUUUAUCAGGGUCGUCUCCAAACCGGUCGGCAACCUCUCGAAGUAGCACUCUCUACCAUCAUCGACACAGAUCUUCCGUGACAUCCCACCAAAAAUCUCUAUCAAGCGUCUCCUCCAUCCCGAAUCUUGCGCCCGUCACUCCCGCCCGUCCUAAAGCCGUCUCAGUCAUCUACUCGCCCCAUAGCGUCCCCCUGUCCGAUCUACAGCCUUACAUCCAGACCCAUCUCGUUCGACUGGCAGGGGCGCUGCCUUUGACCUUACUGCUCCACUCCUUCGACUACGCACAGAAACCCUGGUACCUUGGCGGCAACGUUUUGGCCAGCAUGGACAGUGGAGCAGACAUCGCUCGCGCAUUGAUGGCUAGGUGCUGGAUCAGUGCGGACGAGGAACCAAAAGACUCUUAUGGGACAGGCGUGAAGAAGCUACAGGUGAAGCGAAUCUCGGUGAAUGAGGUAAGGAGACAUCUAUGGGAAGGGGAGGACGGCGAAUGGCUCAAGAAACGAGGAUGGAACUGCGAUGUUCGGCGAGUGGCGGCUGGGAGAGAGGUCUUCAUUGGGCCGAGCCGAGAUCUCUGCUCAGGGAUGGAGGGGAAGAGAGACAGUCGAUUGUUACGAUUCAGCGGUGCGGGAGAGGAGAUGAUAUGA